CGUCCGUGUCGAUACUCGGCCCUACCCCUAAAAACGCUCCUCUUGUACGUAUUGGUCGCUAACGAUGAUCAGCCAGUCGUCUUUUGGUCGUUACAAAACAUCUCUGCCCGCAUUUUACCAUCCAAUCGUGAUGCACAAAUUACUAUAUAAGACAGACCGAGUCUCUCUGGGUCUGCCGGUUGGCCGAGCCUCUUGAAUAUUUCUUUUGCUGUCAACUUCAUGCUCAAGCUGCAAUCAUGGACCAUCUCAUGCAGUACAUCCACUCUAUUCCAAAAUCCCCAGCUAUCAACGUAGCUGUUUUGGUUAAGGGAGUCUACUCCGCCCUUGCUGUUCUCGCUGUCUAUGGCCUCUAUCGCAUUCUUCAGACGGGUCGUCGCGACCCUCGCAUGCCUCCCGGUCCCCAAACGCUUCCUGUUCUAGGCAAUCUCCACCAGAUUCCCAUUACCGGCUUUUACAGAAAGGUCCGUGAAUGGGGCAUUGAGUAUGGUGGAGUCUUCUCCCUCAAAUUCGGAAAUUCAAACGUUAUCGUUCUGUGCGAUCGUAAAGCUAUUCACGAUCUAGUGGACAAGAAAGGCCUCGUGUAUGCGGACAGACCUCACAGCUACAUUGGUCAGCUUCUCACCGAAGGAGACCACAUGGUUCUCUCUCCUGGCGACCCCAUCACUCGGCUCAAGAGAAAGAUCGUGACUCACAAUGUUUCACCCAAGGCCAUUGAUGAAAAGCUUGCUCCUAUCCAAGAGACCGAGAUUACUCAGCUGAUGUACGAUUUCUUGACUAAACCGGAGGAUUUUUAUCGUCAUCUUCGCCGGGUUACUUCAUCUAUUGCCUGUACCUUUGUCUAUGGUCAGCGCGGACCGACAUUUGAUUCAUUUUGGGGUCAUUGCGUGUACGAUGCGCUGCAUGUGUUUGGUGCAGCCCUCGAGCCCGGUGCUAAUCCUCCUGUGGACGAGUUUCCUUUCCUUCAGCUUUGGCCGACUCGCUUCAGCAAAUGGAAAAAGCGGGCACUUGCGUCUCGUGAGGCAAUGGACAAUAUCUGGUCUACCGCUCGGAAGACUGUGGAGGAAAGACGCGCACGUGGCGAGAAGCGCGACUGCCUUACUGACCGACUUCUCGACGAGUAUGAAAAGACGGGAAAUCCGUUCACUCAGCACGCGUUUGAUAUGCUUCUUGGAGAAGUCGUGGAAGGCGGAGCGGAAACUACGUCUUCUUCUCUUUUGACGGUCGUACUUGCUCUCGCCAGAAAUCCUUGGGUCUCAAUCAAAGCGCAGAAGGAAAUUGAUGCCGUCUGUGGACCCGAGCGUUCGCCGACCUGGAGUGACUUUGACAAGAUGCCAUACAUCAACUGUAUUGUGAAGGAAGGAAUGAGAUUCCGCCCAGUUAUUUCGACUGGUUUGCCUCAUCAGAAUGCGAGAGAGGACUGGUACGAAGGAAUGUUGAUUCCCAAGGGCUCCACCAUCCUUCUUCCUCUGUGGGCUAUCCAGCACUCUGAGCAUUUGGGCUACAAAGAUCCGGAGUCAUUCAACCCCGACAGAUUUUUGAAUCAUCCCAAGCUCGCCGACGCGUACGCCGGUAGCCCUGACUACAACGCGCGCGACCACUACGGCUACGGAUCCGGAAGACGGAUGUGUCCGGGUAUUCAUCUUGCCGAGAGAAACCAGUGGCGUAUGGUGGCCAAGCUUCUUUGGGCUUUUGACAUCAGAGAGCCUGUCGAUCCCGUGACUGGCAAGACUAUCCCCCUGGAUCCUGAGGCUUACGAGUUAGGUUUGUUGCACGGCCCUCUGCCGUUCAAGUGUAAGAUCACUCCUCGCAGCGCAGCCCAUGCGGCGACAAUCCGAAAGGAGAUGGAGGCAGUAAGGCCUGCGUUUGCAAAGUGGGAGUAAUAUGUGAUGCAGUCGAAGUCAUCCAUCCAUUGUUUUAGGUAGCAGUAGCUGCCGAGUGAAGGCUCAAAUUAUUAGUAUUUACUUGUCUAUUGUACACGCUCU